UUUAUUGACAAUAACAAUCCUUUAAAAGGAGAGUGAAUAAAUUUGAAGUUCCAACUUCUUUCCAAAUCUCCUAAAAAAACCAAGAAACAAUGGCAAAAUAAAAUAAAUAAAAAACCCAGAAAUCUCUAAGAAUUUAUCUGUCAAAAAUUUGGCUUGAAUAAAUAAACAAGUAAACAACUACAAACUUUGAACUUGGUGGCACAGUGUUAUGAUUGACAAGUGCAUGAAUGAAGCAUGAAUAGGAUGAUGCAUGCGAGACAGAGAUGACCUCCAGAGGGAGAAGUUGAUGACAAGUCCUUAUCAAUAUAGUUUGGCGAGCAGACAUGCUGGGUAGCUCUGCUCUGUCUUCUUACUUAAACCAGUGGGUCCUAAUGCCAGUGACCCAACCAGGGGCCAACAUUUGUCAGCCUCCACAUAUUUGCUUCACUCGUAUCUUCAACUGCUUUCCUUCCUAUAAAAGAGCUUCAAAAUCUUCCACAGCCUUUCAAUCUCCAAAACAAAACUCAGACUACAUGCACAUAUUACCAAAGAAGAAGUUUUCAGUGAGGAGUAUGAAGGGUCGAUCAUGGCAAAGGUGUUCAAAGCAAAUUAGGGAACAGAGGGCAAGGCUUUAUAUUAUAUGGAGAUGUACUGUGUUGCUCCUGUGUUGGCAUGACUAGCCUUGGGGUUUGGGGGUUGGAUCCACUCCAAUUCAAUUUUGGAAUCACCAAUUCUUAAUACACUGCAAGAUUUGGACGCUUGAGAGCUGUGGGUGUACAGUUUCGAAACAGAUAUCACACUUCAAUAAGGAGGUGGAGAAUUUUUUUUUAGGCCUUUUUUUUUUUAAGGAGGUAGAGAAAUUAGAUCAAGACGGGAUUGUCUGGUUGAUGAACAUUGCCUAAAAAUUUAACGUGUAAGUACAGAAGAAAAAACUGAUAAAUAAACAUGUUCGUUCAAUUUUGUAAAUGGUAUACUUGUUCUUUUGCUCCUAAAAUCUUCUUUUUGUGAGCCACUCCAAAGCCUAGAAAGCCAGAGCUCCAAAGGUUGAUCUUUCCACGAGUAAUUGUCGCCACGAUGUUUCUUUAAGUUAAUUUGCUUUCACCAAAAUUGCCCCAAAUUUUCAUCACAAAAAGUCUAAGCUUUUUUCGCUCCACCCAAAAUUGGUUUGCUUUGGUUCAAUUAAAACCCAACCUAUCAGACCUUCAUUUCCCUGAUCCACAGUCAAAUGCUUCCAUUCUAAUCUUUUGAUUUUUUGAUCCAGCAAAAUGUUGAACCAACAUCUCUUG